AUGAAUCUGCGUUAUAUUUGCACUUUAUCGCUGGUGCCCACAUUGUAUGUACUAUUGGUCCUAUUACUGGAAUUUGUCGAAGAGGGACUGGCCCAGAACCCCGAUCCAUUAUUUGAGUUACCGGUUCAACUGGUCGGUUUUCCAGUGAUUGUUUUAUCGGUGCGUUUAUCGCAAUUUGCCAAGAAAUUGGCUUAUUCAUUGAAUCCAAGCACCUAUCGUUCACGUAGCAGACGUGAGGCAGCUCAUCCACUAGCACUUGAUGCUGAGUUGGCUCAAAAGGAAAUUCUACGUGAAUUUGGUCCACAGGCUUGCAUAUUGGAGGAACCGUGUCGGUUGCAUGCAUCACGUACACGUCGUCGUGUUGCAUCUGCGGCUGCUGGUGGUGUUGAAGGCACAUCCGCACCACAUGCCGCCUGGUCGGAGGUAUUGAGCAACUACAAAGUGCAAUCAACUGUUGGCGGCAUGAAACAAUGGUAUCUCCUCUCGCUCUUCAUUGGGGAUGCAGUAAGGGAUGUGCCACUAUGCAAGCACCUGGCCAAACGUAUGCCCUGUCCAGGCGUUGGACCAUUGCCGCCUCCUCAGCCACGUUAAGCAUCAGCAGCAGCGGUAUCAGCAUUCAUACCCAUCAAUGUGGAGCCAGGCAUCACAACAACAUGAUAUAUAUAUAUUGUUUUUUUUUCGUAUUUUUUAUUAUUUUGUUUUAAGGGGGUAACCAUUUGGUCUGCGUCUAGUCAGUCGCAUGGACACACAUCUUCGUCGUCUUCCAUUACAUAUAUGCAUGUAGUACUUGUUUUACUUUUAGUUGCUUUUAAGGCUUUUAAUUUAACAAAAAAAAAAAA